GGCUUGAUUGCAAGGCAUGCAAUCUCUGUGACUUACCAGCUAGCAUAGCAACCACGUAGAUCUACUGCGAUUAGAAGUUUGUAUUUAGCUACACAGAUCGCGGAUAUAUAUUUAAUUUAAUGUUAGUGGCUACAGCGUAUCUACGCGGUUGUCUGUAGGAAUAUAGAUCUACCACAUCGGAGAAACCAGGAUGGAGUGGCAACCAGAUGAACAGGGUCUGCAGCAAGUGCUUCAGCUACUCAAGGAUUCCCAGUCCCCAGACACAGCAACACAGAGAGCUGUGCAAGAAAAACUGGAACAACUUAAUCAGUUUCCAGAUUUCAACAACUAUCUCAUCUUUGUCCUCACAAGCCUAAAAUCUGAAGAUGAGCCCACUCGCUCUCUGAGCGGUCUGAUUCUGAAGAACAAUGUAAAAGCUCACUACCAGAAUUUCCCUCCCAAUGUGGCUGACUUCAUCAAACGAGAAUGCCUCAACAACAUCGGAGACCCUUCACCGCUUAUCAGAGCUACAAUCGGCAUUCUGAUCACAACCAUAGCCUCUAAAGGAGAGCUGCAGACCUGGCCAGAGCUGUUGCCUCAGCUCUGUAACUUGCUCAACUCAGAGGACUAUAAUACCUGCGAGGGUUCUUUUGGAGCAUUGCAAAAGAUCUGUGAGGAUUCAUCAGAGCUGUUGGAUAGCGAUGCUUUAAACAGACCUCUCAACAUCAUGAUUCCAAAAUUCCUUCAGUUUUUCAAACACUGCAGCCCUAAGAUUAGGUCCCAUGCUAUAGCUUGUGUGAACCAGUUUAUCAUUGGCCGAGCUCAGGCUCUGAUGGAUAACAUCGACACUUUUAUUGAGAGUCUGUUUGCUCUGGCUGGUGACGAAGACAGUGAAGUGCGGAAGAACGUGUGCAGGGCUCUGGUCAUGCUCCUGGAAGUCCGAAUUGACCGCCUCAUCCCACACAUGCACAGCAUCAUCCAGUACAUGCUGCAGCGGACGCAGGACCCAGAUGAGAACGUGGCCCUGGAGGCCUGUGAGUUCUGGCUGACAUUGGCUGAACAGCCCAUCUGUAAAGAGGCCCUUUCUGGCCACUUGGUUCAACUGAUACCUAUUUUGGUGAAUGGAAUGAAAUAUUCUGAGAUAGACAUUAUUCUACUCAAGGGUGAUGUCGAAGAGGAUGAGACCAUUCCAGACAGCGAGCAGGACAUCAAGCCUCGAUUCCACAAAUCUCGCACUGUCACUCUGCAGCACGAAGGAGGGGAGGGCGAGGAGGGGGAGGACAUUGAUGAAGAUGAGGACGACGAUGAUGAUACACUCUCUGACUGGAACCUACGGAAGUGCUCCGCUGCCGCUCUCGACGUUCUUGCUAAUGUGUUUCGUGAGGAGUUGCUGCCCCAUCUCCUCCCCUUGCUCAAAGGCUUGCUUUUCCAUCCUGACUGGGUCAUCAAGGAGUCUGGCAUCCUAGUGCUUGGGGCUAUCGCUGAGGGCUGUAUGCAGGGUAUGGUACCUUACUUGCCUGAGCUUAUCCCCCACCUCAUCCAGUGUUUAUGCGACAAGAAGGCCUUGGUCCGCUCCAUUGCCUGCUGGACCCUCAGUCGCUAUGCCCACUGGGUGGUCAGCCAGCCCCCUGAUGCUCACCUCAAACCCCUCAUGACUGAGCUGCUCAAACGCAUCCUGGAUGGCAAUAAGAGAGUGCAGGAGGCGGCGUGCAGUGCAUUUGCCACUCUUGAGGAGGAGGCAUGUACAGAGCUGGUGCCGUACUUGAGCUUCAUCCUGGACACGCUGGUUUUUGCUUUUGGGAAGUACCAGCACAAGAACCUCCUUAUUCUCUAUGAUGCCAUAGGAACACUGGCAGACUCUGUGGGACACCAUCUGAACCAGCCUGAGUACAUACAGAAGCUGAUGCCUCCACUGAUAGCAAAGUGGAAUGAGUUGAAGGACGAGGACAAAGAUCUCUUCCCUCUGCUCGAGUGUCUGUCUUCUGUUGCCACAGCGCUGCAGAGCGGCUUCCUGCCCUAUUGCGAGCCCGUCUACCAGCGAUGUGUCACCCUGGUUCAGAAGACCCUUGCUCAAGCCAUGAUGUACAGUCAACAGCCAGAUCAGUAUGAAGCACCUGACAAGGACUUCAUGAUUGUGGCCUUGGAUCUUUUAAGUGGCUUGGCAGAAGGACUUGGGGGGCAUGUGGACACGCUUGUGGCUCGCAGUAAUAUCAUGACCCUGCUAUUCCAAUGCAUGCAGGAUACGAUGCCUGAAGUAAGACAGAGUUCAUUUGCUCUGCUGGGCGAUUUGACCAAGGCUUGCUUUCCUCACGUCAAACCCUGCAUCGCUGAAUUCAUGCCAAUCCUCGGAACAAAUCUGAAUCCAGAGUUCAUCUCCGUCUGCAACAAUGCUACCUGGGCCAUAGGAGAGAUCUGUAUGCAGAUGGGAGUGGAGAUGCAGCCAUAUAUUGCUAUGGUUCUAACCCAGCUGGUUGAGAUUAUUAAUCGACCCAAUACUCCCAAGACCCUGUUGGAGAACACUGCAAUCACCAUUGGCCGACUGGGCUACGUGUGUCCUCAGGAGGUUGCUCCCAUGCUGCCGCAGUUCAUCCGACCCUGGUGUACAUCUCUCCGAAACAUCAGAGACAAUGAGGAGAAAGACUCCGCCUUCCGUGGGAUUUGUAUUAUGAUUGGUGUGAACCCUGGAGGUGUGGUGCAGGACUUCAUCUUCUUCUGUGACGCAGUGGCCUCCUGGGUGAAUCCUAAAGAUGAUCUUAGAGAUAUGUUCUACAAGAUUCUGCAUGGUUUUAAGGAGCAGGUUGGCGAGGAGAACUGGCAGCAGUUUUCAGAGCAGUUCCCACCACUGCUGAAGGAGAGACUGGCAGCCUGCUAUGGAGUUUAGAUUCUCUACACCCACCUAAGAGGUGAGCCAGCAGGAGGAGGGUGAAUGGGAAACUCAUCCAUCUGUGUAUUGCACUGCCCUGAUCUGGGGGGAGGGAGAGGGAUGCUAUUGGCCGCUCCCCCUGAUGGACGGCCCCCACGCCCUAUGUGUUUGUCCAUAGAGG